UUCUGAAAAAACACUAACGGACAUCAGUUUAACAUCGCUGGACGAAACUGUUGAAGUAGUGAUUCUGUAAGAGAGUUACCGAAGAGCAGAAAUGGCACGUACCAAGCAAACUGCACGUAAGUCAACAGGAGGUAAAGCUCCCAGGAAACAGCUUGCAACUAAAGCUGCACGUAAGAGUGCACCAUCUACAGGUGGAGUGAAAAAGCCACAUCGUUACAGGCCUGGUACUGUAGCACUCAGAGAAAUUAGAAGAUACCAGAAAUCAACUGAGUUACUGAUCAGGAAAUUACCAUUCCAACGUUUAGUUCGUGAAAUUGCACAAGACUUCAAGACUGAUUUGCGUUUCCAAAGUGCUGCUAUAGGAGCAUUGCAAGAAGCUUCUGAAGCAUACUUGGUUGGGUUGUUUGAAGAUACAAAUUUGUGUGCAAUUCAUGCUAAACGUGUUACAAUAAUGCCUAAAGACAUUCAGUUAGCAAGAAGAAUUCGUGGUGAACGUGCUUAAACAGUUCAUACUUCGAAUUUCUUUAAAUUUUCUUUUCUCAAAUUCAUUUUGUUUGUCACAUUCUCGAAUAUUCUUACACUUAAAUUCAUUGUAGCUGAGUUUCUUUUUCAUAAGUCAUUAAUAUAGAUAACACUGCCAAGCCCUAUGAGCUAUAGAAUGCAGAGAUAAAGUAUAUCUGUCCAUCAUAUCACGUAGUUUAGUUGAGUACAUUUAUGAUUCAUUAAUAGGAGAAUAUGCAGAAGGCACAAAACGGAGUAUGUAGUUUGUAACAGAUAGUAAUGUCACCUUGCAUAAUUCAUAUUUUACUAUUAUAUGUAACUAUAAGUAAAAUAAGCAACAUGUAAGCAAUGUAAUAUGUAGACUAAUAUUUUGCAGAA